CUACCGACUUUCCUUACCCGUCAGUCACUACUUUGUGAACGGAAAGCAUGAAUCGGGUUUGCGACAGCAUCUUCUUUCUAGGUUUCCUCCCUGGUUGCCCUCAGCGCUUCAUCACCUAGCCGACUCCUUUGCUUCAAUUGCAGUUCAACAGCCUGCCAUUAUCGUUCACCCAAAUAAUUGCAUUUAUAAGCGAACUAGCUUCCUUCUCUAUUGUCUCCACGGUUAACAGCAGCCAGCCAUGACCGGGCGAAAAUAUAAGUCUCCACGGGGGAAACUCCAAAAAAGGAAACGUAAUAAGAAGGAAGAGACUGCUGUCUUGCCAUCAGUCCCAGAAAACCAGGAGAAAGUUUUGGAAACCAGUUCAUCAGCAGACACUGAAACUAUUGCUGAGUAUCUUACCCGCUUUAUUAAGGAUACCGUUAAAGAUGGUCACUCAGUUAACCAGUUUGGGAUGCUUGGAAAUGAUGGCUCCUCUUCACCACUAAGAGGGGAAUAUGGCGAACCCGAAGGUCAGACUGUUAGCUCGGAACAAAAUGGCCAAGAGGUGUUUGAUGAAUGUCGCAAAGAAACCAGAACACCAAGAGCAAAUCCCCCUGGGGAAAUGGAUGAUCAACCGAUUCCGCCUACUCAGUGUAAACCAAAGAGUCAGUCCCGCCAGAAAAAGGGUAGGCAUGGCACCCGAUUGAGGGAAUUGAUUUCCAACCGUAGUGCUCAUAUAAGACUGCCUAUUGACUUUCAUGCUAAAACUGGGAAACCAAUAGGCCCACAAAAAAAUAAAUUCAAGAGUUUUGUGGCCCUCCUAGGAAGGAGUUUUGCUAGUAUACUUAGACCGAAUUGGAAGAGCGUAGAGGAGCGUGUCAAGAAUCAGAUAUGGGAGAGUAUCCAGCUUACCUUUGACGUCCCUAAUGAUCCUCGACUGAGAAAGAGAUGGAUCUCUUUUGCGGGUGCAAGGUGGAGGGGAUUUAAGACACAGCUCACAUCACAGUACAUAUUUGGCAAUCGAUGUGACCAGUCUCCUUGUGAGGAGUACCCAUUCAUUGACCAGGACACUUGGCGACAGUUUGUCCUGAGCCGACAAGACCCUGCCUUUCUGGAACGCAGACAAAAGGCAAAGAAAACUCAGGCACUUAAUGUCUGCCCACACAUACUAUCUCGGGGUGGAUAUGAGUUGCUUGAGGAAAAGAUGAUGGCUGGAAAAUUGAAAAACUCUGAGGAACCCUCCCAGCCCGAUCCUUCUGAAACUCUUGAUCCUCCUCCCCCUAUCCUCCUUUCACGUCAUGAAAAAUGGAAGGCUGCACGAAAAAGGCCCUCUGGGGAGUAUACGACACAGGAGAGCCGCAUGGUGGCUCAGAAGAUUGAUUCCCUAGUUGAGGAAAGCACACAAGGAACCUUUGUUCCCAAGGGCCGUGAGGAUAUCUUAACUGCUGCUCUUGGACGAUCGGAGCAUCCGGGCCGUGUCCGUGCUGCUGGAUGGGGUGUUGGUAUUCGAGAGUACUUUGGGCCCCCAGUACACCCUCCAGUUUUUACUCAGGAGGAUGUUGAUCGCAUCAAGUGGGAGGUGCGGCAGGAGGUGACACAGGAGUUGACACUAUUAUUCUCCCAAAAACUCCAAGAUGAGCUGGCAAAGAUGGGGUUUGCUCCACUACAGCAGCAGCACACACAAGUCCGAGAUAGUCGUUCCCCUGCAAGUGUGAGUGUAGAGGGAAGCAACGCCCCAGAUGAUGCCUCUGAGCCUGAUGAUGAUGAAAUGUGUCAGCUUUUCAUUGAUUCUCCUUUCCACUUAGUAGCAAUGGGAAAGGUGCAUGAAUUGGGACCUACUAUACACCAUGAGACUAUAGCUGCAGAUAUUGUGAGGGUCGAGAUAAUACAAGCUCUGGAUGCAGCUGCAUUGGUUCCUAUUACCACUGAGGAGGUUCGCACUGUGGGCCAGGCACUUAAUCACUUCAUUUCAUGGCCACGAAGAUUGGUCGGUGCUCUUGAGUUCCAGGAUGAUGGUAGUUCUGACCAAGAUGAUGCCCUCUAUGAGCAUCGAGACCCACUUUCGCGUUUGCAUUCAAUGGCUACACAUCUUGGGCCACAUCCUGUAGAGCUCAUCCUGAGAAAAGAGGUCACUGGCACGGCAGAUGUGCCUCUUUAUGUCGGAUCAGAAGAAAUAAUGGAGAUUUGUUUGGGUAAUCAAAUGCUUAGUGCAAUAAUUAUACAAGUGUGGAUCAUGUAUCUGCAUGGAAUAUGUGUGCAAAGAAAAAAUGUACAUUUGUACGGAUUUCUUGACCUGCAACUUAUUCAAGAUGUAGGAAGCAGACACAAGGAGAUCCAGACAUACAUACAGGGUCAGCUAAAGGACGGUGGCAAGGAGUGCUACCUUGCACCUUAUUUCUACCCGACGCACUGGCAAUUGUUUGUAUUAUGCCCUCGGCAGAAUACAAUUGUCUUCUUGUGCUCUCUAGGGAAUAAGCCGAAAAAUAAUAUCAAGAAUGUCAUGAACAUGGCCAUGAAGGGACAUCAGGUGCUAAAACCCACUAGGAAAAUCAGUCCAAAAUGGGUUAUACCCAAGUCCCGAAUGCAAAUGGGAGAUUAUGAAUGCGGGUACUAUGUCAUGAGACAAAUGUUUGCCAUCAUCUAUGCGGGUGAUAUCAAUUCGUGGAUGGGGGAACUUGACAUUCAAGACGCAUUCACUGAACAAGAAAUCAAUGAUGUGCGGGAAUGUUGGGCAUCGUAUUUGUGUGACAUUAGGGGGUUUUGAUAUUUUGUACUAGUGGUUUCAAGGACAUGAAUUGUGUUUAUAUAUUAACUAUGACACAUUAUUACCGUCAUUUCCCAGGGCCACAACUCCCUGAGUUUUACGUACUUGUAUGUGUGCGUGCGUGCGUUUUCAAUGAAGAAGGUUGUUCUCAUGGAUGCAAAAUAGUGUACAUUUUCAUCCAUGAUGGUGCCAUGUGUUUCUGACUGCAUUGUUCAAGAGUUGCUCGCAAACAGCGUUACCCAACAGCCCAUUCAAAAUUCAAGGAUUGUGUCUAUUUGGGCUAUACAUAAUUGCCACCAGAAUCGAACACACUUGGGAUUUCUUUUCGUUGCAUAUUCCUUUGUACGGCUUGAGCUUAUUCGACGGAUGUGAUGCGAUAAUGGGUAGCUCGUUACUCUCUCUUGCUGGCCAAAAAGGUUCAUUUUGAGGAAGAAUGAGUUCAGUUUUUAUGGCCACAACAAUUGAUAUUAUUCCCACUGCCUUUAUUACUAUCAGGGUAUGUGUUUUUGUAACAUUAGGUUUAAGUAGUAUCUUUUAUCUUCUUUGCAUUACGUUAUAUGAAUAGCAUAACACCCUUAAGAGUGUAGCGCAGAUCAGGGAAUUGAAGAUGCUACAGAGAAGAAAUGGGGCUACUGAAAACAUGGUUCAAUUACUUGUGCAUUAUUAUGUUCCUUAGUUAAACAAACACUUUAUAUUUGAGUCUCAAAUUUCCUUCUGCUUAUAUUUGACUUUACCAUUUAUAUAUGAUAUAAACAGGCUGGGCUUGCCCUCAGAGAUCUGCAGUUAGUAAUGAAUUUAACUCCUUUCUUGGAUCUUAGAAAAGAUAAAAACUAUAGCUAGGAAGCAUAGGAGUGAGUAAAUGUUUCUUGUUUGGUAGGGCACAACCUAAAGGCAAACAUUAAAUGUUGUUUGCUUGUUAUGUGAUUUCUCAUUACUAUGUGAUAUUUUCCUGCUUUUGCAUGUCCAACAGCUUAUCAGAGAACUGAAUGAAAAUUUGGCUCAUGAUAUUGUAGAGGAUAAAGGUAUUUGGAAAAAGAAACUGACCCCACAAUGCCUUGAGCCUUUUGAGUUACUUCCCCAACCACUUCAAGAUCAAUUGAUGCUUGAAAGAGAUCCACAUGGAAAUGUUCAGUAUUGAAACCAAAAAAAUGCUUAUUCAGAUGGUAGAAACAGAGUUGGAGUUGAUUAAGAAAGAAUAGUGGUUCCUGUAAUGGUCAUCUCAAGGGCCAGUCUCACUUUUUUGGGUACUCGUUUUUUGUUUAUACAAACCUCUAUCCAGUAGUGGUGUUUAGGAUCUGCACUCCUCCACUACUUCUUAUGCAGAAAAAUUUAGGGAAAGGAAGAAAAAAGGCAAAUAAUUAGUCUUUUUUAUGUUUGGUCGAUGGUGUUUCCUAGGGAAAUGCGGAGUAAAUCGGUAGUUGAAUUUGAUUAGAAUUUUACAUAUAUACUACUUAUUUCUUUGUGCAGACAUAAAUGAAAAUUAUUUUUUUAUUUUACGCCAAACUUUAUUAUUGUACAGUAUAAUUCCAAACAAUCCAUUGAAAAUUUCUCCAAUUAUGCAUCGCACGGUGUUCUACUAGUGGUACAUAAAAAAACAUAAAUGUUUUGUGCAUUAUUUGCUUAUUCACUAAUUCCUGACAUUGUCAUCAACUUAACAAAAAAUGUCUUCUUUUUAGCUUUAUUGCUGGUUUCAUUUGAUAUUUAAUUUGAGGGAUUUGACUAUAACCAUGGGAACAUAAUGAGGUAAAAUUGAUAAACAAUUACAUUUUUUUGUUUAUCUUGAUUAACAUUCUAUGAAUGGUUAGGGUAAAUCAAUAUACUCUAUUACGUAGUUUAUCAUUUUAUUUGGGUUUAGUCAAUUGCGGUGUUACAAACGACCUCUUAGUUAACUUCUCAUUUUUAAGAGUGAUACUAAUUCUUACUAUUAUGCUAUCAAUAGUCAUGUUGAGAUAGCUAAUAUUAGUCCAUUGCACAUACUCAGUACAUUGCAAGAGUUUAUUCCCUUUGGAUCUUGAAAAUAGAGGGCUAAAAUCUAAACUAAAAGUCAAGGUAAAGGAUACAUUUCAUAUUAAUUCAAGUUUUCCUAUUAUGUGAGUCAUACCCGUUUUCCCUUAUGGCACUAACUUAGAGCCCAUUUGGUAAUACAUAAAUCGGCUGCAUUGGCUGAUUAUGCUGAAAAUUAUGAAGUUCUGGUUGAUUGGGUGUAUGAGAUGAUUUUGCUAAUUUAUGGAAAAAAAAUUUAAAAUAUAUUAUUAAUUAAAUAAAUAAAAAAAUUAAAUGAAAAACAGUUAAAAUGAUCCUCUACCGUAUCUUCAGUCAAUAUAUCUAGAAAAGUUAUUAGAGCACGUGAAACUAAAAGUUAAAACUCCUUUUGUGUACUUUGACGGAAUGAAAACCAAAAGAAUUUGAUCCAAUCCACGAUUUUAACCCUUACGCUUCAAUUAGUUCUUAACUAUUAUGGAUCAACACAUGCAUUAUCAAUAUCUUAAUAUUGUACGAUUAUGAACCUGAAAUCCUAACUUCUCAUUUUUCUUAAAGAGCUCGUUCAUAACUGUAUCAACAGCUAGAUCAUCAAGCUUAUGAACAAGCUUGGACAGUUCUCCCUCCUUGGACAUUCUGUUCAUCCGAACACCGCCCAUGCUUCAACAGUUCAACAUCUAAGUUUUCACUUUUUAAAUUGAUUUUUAUAUCAUUGUUACUAUUAUUAUCACACCUUUCUUUCUUGAGAAUGAUCAUUCACAUAUGACCACAUACAAGCGUGUAUUACUUUAAGACAUUUUACAGACAAUUCAAAUGUGGUUAAAAACAAAAAAAAAACUUGGAAUUUUUAAACUUACAGGGGUUGCUCAGCUCAACUUAGCCAUUAAACACAAGGAUUAAAUCACAAUGCCAUAUAUAUAUAAGGUUGGGCAAACAUUCUCGCGCCUUGCGCGAGUAAACGCUAGUAGUGUAAGAAAUGUGAAUGUGUCGCUUAAGAUUCUCUAUGUUGCACCUUUAAAGUGUAAAGGGUGGUAAAAAUUCAUUUAAUUAUCGUACCACAUUAUCGGCAUAAUUUAAUGCACUAUUGGCACAAUAUAGGAGAUGGAUCUUUAAUAGCGAUAUCAAAAUAGGAGCACAUGAUAUGAUGUGGUGUGGGAUUAUACGUUGAGGUUCACAAGAUGGGAUUAGACGAUCGUGACUUGCACCAACGCAAUAGGGCUCGCAACAACAGUCGAACAAGGCUAUCUGACUGAGACCAGCAGAGACAGUGAGUUCAAUUGUAGCAAGAGGUGAUUUGAAUGAAAGGGGACGGGCAAAGGCGACAAAGUAACUUCGAAAAUCAGAUGUGGAUAAAUUAGCCUGUUACUGGUGCCUAUUAGCUGAUCAUGCAAUUUGCUCUCUUCAUAACAGUCUAAUUGGAUAAGCAAAGGAUUGGAGGAGGAGACACCAAAACCAGGAUAACACAUCAUCCCUAAGGGCCCCUAGAACCGAUCAAACAGUUAUUUGGAAUGAUUUAAGUUGCGUUUUGAUCAAAAUCUGAUGGAUAGAGAGUGGUCAGUGGAGUUCCAUCCCAAGUCAUUGCUUGGAGUUGAACUCGGGACCUUUCCCUUGUGACACUCUCUUCCUACCAGGUGAGCUAUGCCUCCGAUUAGGAGAAGACACCAUAUUUAAUAGGUUGAGGUUAAUCCAAACAAAUUCCCAUUGGAAGUAAAACAAAGUUGUUUUCAUCAAGGAUCUUCAAUGCUAAAAAACUCUCAAAUCAAGGAUCAACAAAAUGUUUCUCUUUUUCUUGGUGAAGACGGAGUUAACAAGCUUUAUGAUGCUUUUUAUUGUAUUCUUUUUUUUUAAGAUGGGUCAAAUAGACCCAUCUACUAUUCUCAAUCAAUCACUUAAACUCAUAUACUAAAAUAAGCAUCAUAUAUAAUCAUUUGUACUCUAAAAAAUCAAUCACAUAGGCCAAUUUAGAGGAAGAUGACCGGUUUUAACCGGUCAUUUGUAGAUUGUUUAUUUUCCUUUAUUGUUUACUUUUCCUCAUUUUUUUUCUCUUUCGACUGUUUCUGUGAUUUGGUCCUGCCCCACUCCCACUUCUUCCUUUCCUUGUUCUCGUCUCUUUCGUCAUUUGUUUUACAUCUGCCUCCCAUGUUCCUACGUACUCCCACCAAAUUCAACUUGACGGUGUCACUCUUCUCGGAUAUGGUGGCGAAUCUUUAAAAGAGAUUGUCCACUUGAUUAUGGGCAGCUCUUCUUUGGCCGCCGCGGUUGACAUUGCCUUAAUGUACGUGUAACGUUCCUUUAAUUUUGAUACAUUACAGGGAUGUUCUUGAUUAUGGACAAUCUUCUCUCCCGCGGGAGGUGGCCGACCAAAGAAACGAACUCGGAGUAAUCGGAUGGAAAAGAGAAGAGCACACGCACAAAAUUCUACGGAGUAUAUAUACCAGAGCUAGAAGAAGAUUAUGUCUUAUUCAAUCAGUUCCCCCCCCCCCCCCCCGUAUUUUUCUUGAAUUGAAAGCAUUAAAAUAAUGGAGUUUAUUCAUACUAUAUAUAUCAAC